AUGGAGAAUUUCGUCUUCAAAAAGAGAGCGUCACAGGAAGACGGAGAUGUUACCUGCGAGAGAUCUUUCUCGGGUAGAAAGAUCAUCUUUGGAGAUUCAAAUCUUUGCGGAAUCAAGCAGGAGAUUUUCAACUCCUACUUUUCCUUGCGAUACGUAAAUGAGGCAGAAGACGUUCCAGAUACAGUCAUUUAUUGCAUACUACAGUCUGACCUUCUGGAUCCGACUGGAACCACACCAGAAAUGAUGGCCGACAUCCAGCAAUGGAUCAAACAAAACGACCUGGAAAUGCUUAUAUUACUCAUGUCAGAUGUAGCGAAUCUACGAGGCGGUCCCCGAACUCCAUGGAAGAAAAUAGAGAGCCAGGACAAAGGAUAUUAA